AUGAAAUUAUCAGCCGUCAUUUUCUUGAUCGUUGCCCUUUUAGCUUCAAUUGCAUUCUCUGUUCCAACCGAAUACAAUAAGGAUGAUGACUUUAUAACAUAUUGUAAAGACAUCGAAUUUAAAAAACCUGUCGAUGGUAUAAUAUAUAAAAUUAAUAGCACUCAAGUUGCAGAUUUUGUUCUCCCCGAAGAAUGUAUAAAACGAUUCGGUUAUCAAAUGAGGACCACUGUCGAAAUUUUCAGUGUAGCCGGCAACAAAGUUGUAGAUACUAUUGUUGAAUUUGAAGAUAUCUAUAAUCGUCCUGCCGUCUUUCUUUACUUGAUCGAUAAAGUGUGGGCCAAUGAUGGUGCUACUUAUUUCCUUAUAGCCACUCUUUUUAAUAAAGAUUAUAAAGUCCAAGGUCAAUCCGGAAAAUUCACCACCGUAGAUGACAAGGAACAAACAUAUAAUUAUUAA